GUCAAAACAAUCUCCUCUUUAACCUCUUCUCCUUGACCUCCAUGGAAAACAUCAUGAGGUCAAAUAUGGGAAAGAGAAUUCAACAAGUUUUUUUUUUAACUAACUUUAUAACACAUGGAGGAUGAAUCAUCCUUUAACCAUAAAAACAAACAGGAUUGAAAUGUUGAAAUAAGAAAAAUACAAAUAGAGAAAGUUGAGCUGGUGGAAUAAUAAUUAAAUAGAAAUAAUGAACUAUAUAUAUAUAUGUGUAUAUAUGUAUAAAAGUAUAUGUGUAUAUAUGUGUAUGUAUAUAUAUAUAUAUAUAUAUAUAUAUAUAUAUAUAUAUAUAUAUAUAAACGUGACAGUGAAACACUGAGUACAGUCCGGUUCAGUUCAGACUGUAAACCUGAUCAGUCUGAAACUGAAGAACCUCCUCAGUGAGGCACAUGAUUCAUGGUAUUGUAACGCCAUAACUUGGCAACCCCCCAGAAUGUUCUUAUUAAUGGAUAAUAACUGAUCAAUCAAACAUCAGUAAAUCUAUUAACCAUUAAUGAAGCCGUUAAUUACAGCUGAUAAACCCUGUAUCACCGGAGCUAGACAGUGGGACCAGCUGCUUCUGUUCUUGUAGUCUGACUCAAACAGCGCCCCCUGGUGGUCUUGUUCUGUCCCUGCAGUCUGAGACAAACGGCGCCCCUGGUGGUCUUGUUCUGUCCCUGAAGUCUGAGACAAACAGCGCCCCCUGGUGGUCUUGUUCUGUCCCUGAAGUCUGAGACACACAGCGCCCCCUGGUGGUCUUGUUCUGUCCCUGAAGUCUGAGACAAACAGCGCCCCCUGGUGGUCUUGUUCUGUCCCUGCAGUCUGAGACAAACAGCGCUCCCCUGGUGGUCUUGUUAUGUCCCUGCAGUCUGAGACAAACAGCGCCCCCUGGUGGUCUUGUUAUGUCCCUGCAGUCUGAGACAAACAGCGCCCCCUGGUGGUCUUGUUCUGUCCCCGAAGUCUGAGACACACAGCGCCCCCUGGUGGUCUUGUUCUGUCCCUGCAGUCUGAGACAAACAGCGCUCCCCUGGUGGUCUUGUUAUGUCCCUGCAGUCUGAGACAAACAGCGCCCCCUGAUGGUCCGGUUCCGUCCCCGGGCAGCUGGGGGAUUUCCUGGGCGGAAGCUGCGGAGGGGGUUUCCAGUGUGAUCAGCCCAGUCCUCCCCGCUGGAUCUCUGAACUGGAUCCCAGUGACUUCUCUCACACACACACAGACAGAGGACGCACAGGACCCAGAGAACCCUGAACCAGAACCCCGAAGCUAAACCCGGACCAUGAGGAGUUCGCCUGAGGCCUGGAGGCUCCGAGGCAGCGGCAGCGGCGGGUUGACGGUUUGAAUCCGGGAGAGAGUCCACCGAGCCAAGGAGCUGCCGAGCUGAGCUUUGGCCUGCGGAGGAGAUUCAUGUCAUGUCAGCGGGGAGGAGUGCUGAUGGAAGGGAGGUGCAGAUUCCCCUCCAGCAGGUGGCGCCCUCCCUGGCCGCUUCCAUCUCUGUGGCCGCUCCCAUCACCCUGUCCUCUCACCGUCCAGCCAAUCCCUGGCCUUCCAGCGACCCCGCUGCCUCACAAGGUGUACCUGCAGGUUUCCUGCCCCUUCACGGAGGAUUCAGAGACCACUUUGUAGAGACUCCAGAAGCCAAAUACUGUUGUGAAGUGUGCAGGCUGGUCCUGUGUCAGCCCCGCCAGACUGAGUGUGGUCACCGCUUCUGUCAGAGCUGCAUCAACAACAUCCUCAGUCAGCAAAACCCGGUGUGUCCAGCUGACAUGGAGCCGCUGUUCAAAGACAAGAUCUUUAGAGAUGUUUGCUGCCAUCGGGAGAUCAUGGCUCUGAAGGUUUACUGUCGAAGUGAAGCCAACGGCUGUCAGGAGCAGAUGAGUCUGCACCAGAUACCUGACCACCUGAACGUGUGUCCAUUCUUUGAGGUUCCCUGUCCACUGGGUAAAUGUAAAGAGCGAAUGAUGAGGAAAGAGAUUCCCGACCAUCUGAGCUGGAAAUGUAAACACAGAGAGACCACCUGCGAGUUCUGCAUGACCAAGAUGCCUCUGACUGAACUGCAGAAACACAAAGAGACGGUGUGUCCGACGUUCCCAGUGUCCUGUCCAAACCACUGCUCCUUCUCCUCCCUGCCCCGGAGUGAGUUGUCCAAUCACCAACACGACUGUCCCAAAGCUCAGGUGAGCUGUCAGUUCCACCGGUAUGGCUGCACCUUCAAGGGUUUGAACCAAGAAAUGAGGCAACAUGAGUCCACAUUCGCAGCUGAGCACCUGAGAUUGAUGGCCAACAGGAACUCCUCGUUAGAGAACAAGGUGGAGGACGUUAAAGGUGAGCUGAUGGAGAGGUACAAAGUGCUUCCUGCUCUCAGCAGCCGUCUGUCUGAACUGGAGAACCAGAACGACGAGCUGAGAGACAAGAACCGACAGAUGGAGCAGAAACUGGCCACCAUGCAGAAACUGAUGAGCUCUCACUCAGAGAAGCUCCUGGAGGUGGAGCUGGAGCUUCGUUCUCUCAGGUUGCUCAGAGACGAAGUGGAAGACCUGAGAGGAACGUUAGAGAACGUACGGACAAGGCUGAAUGCUCUGGAACAAGGGGGGCGCAGCGGAACCGGAUCCACAACACACACUCUGGCGCCCCUGGAGACUCAGCUGAACCGACAUGACGACAUGCUAAGUGUCCAUGAGAUCCGAUUGGCCGACAUGGACCUGCGUUUCCAGGUGCUGGAAACGGCGAGCUACAACGGGACUCUGAUCUGGAAGAUCCGCGACUACAAGAGACGAAAACAGGAAGCGGUGGCAGCAAAGACGCUGUCGCUGUAUUCACAGCCAUUUUACACCGGAUAUUUCGGAUACAAGAUGUGCGCCCGAGUCUACCUGAACGGAGAUGGCAUGGGCAAGGGAACGCACCUUUCCCUGUUCUUUGUGGUGAUGAGGGGUGAAUACGAUGCCCUGCUGCCCUGGCCCUUCAAACAGAAGGUGACUCUGAUGCUGAUGGACCAGGGUCCAUCAAGGAAACACCUGGGUGAUGCCUUUAAACCUGAUCCCAACAGCAGCAGCUUCAGACGUCCUGCAGCAGAGAUGAACAUCGCCUCCGGCUGUCCUCUGUUUGUAUCUCAGAGCGUCCUGGAGACCGGCAGCUACAUCAAAGACGACACCAUAUUUAUCAAGGUUACUGUGGAUACCUCUGACCUCCCUGACCCGUGACGUUGUGACCCCUCUGAACCCUGACCUCGCUGGUCUGAGAUCAGCUCACCUGUCCACGCACAGCAGAGCAAAGGAUGAUGGGAAGGAUCAGUGAUGGUCCAGCUGAGAGUGACGCCGACAGAACAGAAGAAGAGUCAGACAGGAAGCAGCCAAUCAGAGUGAACUCUACACAGACCAGUGGACAGGUCCUCUUCUGUUUGGCUGAUGGACUACAGAACUCUGUGUGUGUGUGUGUGUGUGUGUGUGUGUGUGUGUGUGUGAGAGUGUGUGUGUGUGUGUGUGUGUGUUGUGUGUGUGUGUGUGUGUGUGUGUGUGUGUGUGUGUGUGUGUGUGUGAAUGGAUCAGUGUUGCCAUGACAUCACCAUGGUGACAUCACUCAGAGCCAACAUGGCCACUGCAGCGAGGAUGUUGUUGCUGCUCAUUAUUGAUGCCGUGCAUCGAGCUUUACUUCCUGUUUCUUACCUGUUUGGUAUGCUGGGAAAUCACCACAGCCACAGAGGAGCGCAGAAAACAGACCAGUAGAGACCAAAGCAGACCAGUAGGAUCCAGUGAAAAGUGUUGAUCAGGAAAAGAGUCAGUUUGAAGGAAGUUGUUGGUUAUUGAAUAUUGAUUUUUGGUGUUGAUGUGGAAACUGUUGUUCUUCAGAUCUACAGAAACAAACAGAAAUAAACAAACAAGCAAACAGUAGAAAUUAACAAACAGUAGAAGGAAAUUGAAGCAAACAAACAAACAAAAAACAGUAGUUAGAAACAAACAAUAGAGAAAAAAAUAGAAACAAGCAAACAGUAGAAACAUGAAGAACCUCCCAUCAGCAGCCUGGUCCAGAGUGUUCUACAUAUUUAUUUUUAUAGGUGUGAACAGAUGAGUUCAGUCAACAAUUCACCUGGUGUGAGCAGGUAGAAACAUUUUGUCACUAACCUCAGAGUAAACAAACAAACAAACAAACGUUUAUCAGACAUGUUCAAAGAUCUGUAGGAGGAUAAAACACUACAGCUUCAGCUUCAGAGGAGUUCAGAGACACUGAAUGUCGAGGUGAUGGGAAACUGAGUUGAGAAAAACCUGACCCAGAAAGAGAUAUCAUUAAGAUCUGGAUUCCAGAGCAGUAGAAACCAGUAGAGUCCAGUCAGCUGUUCCUCUGUGGCCUCGUGAGUUUCUCAGCGUCGACAGAUUCAUCUGACUCAUUGAUUCAUUUGCACAGUUUGAAUGUUUGUUAAUGUGUGAAUAAAAAUAAAGAGAAAACAUGAAGAA